AUGGCCACGCAAAACCCCCCAAUGCCUCAAGAGAAGCUCGGCGUACCAUCUCGAAACCCUCUACCUCUAUCUGCGUCGCAAGAAGCACAAGUCCGAGAUAUCUUUUACCAAAAAGUGCGAAAAGAAUGCGCCGACGAGAUUAAGGCCUUCGCUGCAUGCGCCCUAGGUCGGACCUUUACAGUAUCAUUCGCCUGCCGAGCCGAACACCGCGUCAUGAACAAUUGCAUGAAGGUCCACGCCACACAAGUAGCGCACGACGAAGCACGAGAGGAGUGGUUUGCCCUACGGAUAGAGCGACAGAAGGAGAGGGAGAAAAAAGCGAGAGUCGCCCAAGCUCAAGAAGACUUUAUGCGCGAGUGGUGGGGGUUGCCGGAGCACGUGAGGUUAUCGAGACAGAAGGAGAUGGAGAAGAGGGGGGAGAGGAUACAUGGACUUGCAGCGAGGGAUCGACCGAGGGAUUGA